CCUUCCCCCAGUCCCCGUCCCGGUGCGGCGCGGUCCAGCCGAGCGGCCACCAGGAGCCUGUCACCUUCAUCAGGGCCGGCCCCGGCGGGACGUGCGCGGCGCCGCCGCCGCCAUGGUGCUGAUCAAGGAAUACCGUGUUAUCCUGCCUGUGUCUGUGGAGGAGUAUCAAGUGGGACAGCUGUAUUCUGUGGCAGAAGCCAGCAAAAAUGAAACUGGUGGAGGUGAAGGAGUGGAGGUCCUGGUGAAUGAACCCUAUGAAAGAGAUGGAGAGCGUGGGCAGUACACACACAAGAUCUACCACUUACAGAGCAAAGUGCCAACAUUUGUGAGAAUGCUGGCCCCUGAAGGAGCUCUGAAUAUCCAUGAAAAAGCAUGGAAUGCCUAUCCCUACUGCAGAACUGUUAUUACAAAUGAGUAUAUGAAGGAUGACUUCCUGAUCAAAAUUGAAACCUGGCAUAAAUCAGAUCUUGGAACACAAGAGAAUGUCCAUAAACUGGAGCCAGAUGUAUGGAAGAAUGUAGAAGCUAUUUAUAUAGACAUUGCUGAUCGGAGUCAAGUACUUCCCAAGGAUUACAAGGCAGAAGAAGAUCCAGCAAAAUUUAAGUCUGUCAAGACUGGACGUGGACCUCUGGGUCCCAACUGGAAGAAGGAGCUGGGGAAGCAGACAGAUUGUCCAUACAUGUGUGCUUACAAACUGGUAACAGUCAAGUUCAAGUGGUGGGGUCUGCAGAGUAAAGUUGAGAACUUUAUACAGAAGCAAGAAAAGCGUCUCUUCACAAACUUCCACCGGCAGCUCUUUUGCUGGCUGGAUAAGUGGGUUGAUCUGACUAUGGAGGACAUUCGUAGGAUGGAGGAUGAGACCAAGAGACAGCUGGAUGAGAUGAGAGAAAAAGAUCCGUUGAAAGGAAUGUCUGCUGCAGAUGACUAAUGUGACUUCUUCCCUGUGCACUUUUGCAAGACAGUCGUCAGGAAGGCCCGGGGAAUCCACACUCUUGACUGACGGACCAUCUCUGGAUCAAGCCUUUCUAUAUCAAACCGGCAGGCGAUUUUAAAUCUCCCAUAGCUAACUCUAGUUGCCCCUUAAUAUUGUGAGCAAAUAGACCGUCUGGUACUAAGCACUCCAACGUCAGCACGUGUGCCAGGGAGCCAGCUCCUUGCAGACGUGUGACUUAGGGAUUGCUGUAUUUACAACUCCUUCCUCCCUUUUUUUGUUUUACAUUGUGUUCAGACCAAUUUCCACGUGGCCCUGUUUGAUUUUUUUCAAGUGACAUUUUUAGCUAAAAUAGUCUUGUGAUGUGGUGACUUAGAUUUUUUUGUUUGUUUGUUUGUUUUGUUCUUGUUUUCCAAUUUGUUUUUUUUUUUUUCCAAGUGGGAUAAACUGCCACCUUUGCUCCUACCCAGCCCCUUCACCAUUCUUUGAAUAUCUAUUUGGAGAGGGGAAACUGUCCAUAUUUUAGAGUGCAAAACUAUUCCACAAAAUGCUAUGCUCAGACCCUUGCUCCCAGGGUAAGAAAUCUAGUGGCAUGUAAUUUUAAUACAUAAUCAGGAGUAGCCAGAUAUAGUUCUUGGUCUGCAAUGAGUCGUGAUAUGUGGCUUCUGCACGGCAUUACUUUGUUCUGUCUUAGCAUACAUGAAUUGAAGACUGCACAGAAGCUGUAUUCAGCAUCCCCAUGCUGGGGCCUUCCAGCACGUAACUGUUGAGUUUCAGUUUAGUGGUAGAUGGUCCCUUGGGCCCGUGUAACUGUGUUGUCCUUCAGCUGUCUGUGUCAGUCUUACAAAAUCAUUAUGUCAAGUUGCUUGGCAUAUGUUGCAACUUCCUGGUUCUUGAUUCACUAGGAUUUCCCAUAAUUUACAAAACAGUUUUGACUGCUAAUAAUGUCAUUCUCCCUGGAAAAAAAAAAUUGGAUGUAGCAAAAGCUGGUGUACAAGUAAAGUCUUGGUAUCUGAUUACAUUCAGGUGCCUGGGUUGGUGGUUCUGCUUAGCAAUAAUAUUCUUCCCAUUGCAAGACUGACUAAAAUUUAAUCUCCUUUCAUGCUAUAAAAAAAGGCAGCAAAGACCUGCAGUUGUUUUCUAGGAUAUCUGUCAGUUACUAUAGAUCAUAGAGGAUACUGUUAAAAAGUGUAAAGAGCUCCAGUUAUUGAAUGAACCCAUAUACUUACUGUAGCUGUCCUUGUGUUGAUAUCAGCUUUAGACAAUCAGAUAAGCAGAACAGAAUCAAAGAAAUGCUGCUUUAUUAAACACAUAUGAGAAAACUCCCAGUUUUCUUUGCUUGUGCUUAAGGCCCAAUGUCUGAUUUUUAAUUUCUGGGUUUUUCUUUUUCUAGUGGCAAUCACUUUUAUUUUCCCCUUCUGUAUCUGGCAGCACUAACAUGGAAUACUGAAUGCCAAACACAGUCGUGGGUGUAUCACCACUUUUGAGGAGUCAUCUUGGCAUUCUGUAAUACACCUGACUCCUUCAGCCCUUCAUAUUCCUGCAAGCAGGAGAACCUGAAAUGCUCCCAUGCCAUGCUGAGCAAGCACGUGCUGGGAUCUGAGUGGUUUUCAGGGUGAGGGAAGAUGAGGCUCGCUCUGGAGGGAGAGGAUGGCGUUUGGUUUCUGGGGAGGGGGCAGUUUAUCCCCUUAUUUUUAGUUUGUUAUUUUGCCUUACUCAUGUCUAAGUGCAAUAAGCUCUGAAUUGUACCAGUAGCUCUGGCAGGCUCUUCUCAGUGACCUCAGACGGUUUUGUGGGGUGGGGGUGGGGUUUGAGGGAUUUUUAGCAAUCUCACCAGGCAGAAGAAAAAAAAAAAAAAAAAAUAAAAAAGAAAAAAUGAAAAAAAAAAAAAAAAGAAAAGAAACAUUUAUUGUAACAUAGAUGAAGAAACUAAAUUUUAAUCUAUGAGGAUUAUUUGGGACCAGGAUGUUUCAUGGCCUCUUCUGUAGCUGUUCAAGAAGGAGUGGAGGCCCCAGUCCUAGUUCUUUCAGUUUAGAGUAUUUUUAACUGAGAAUUUAUGCACUGACUUCUGUUCCUGUUUGUUGGUUACGUUUUGAGGGAUUCUUACACUUGAGGACAACCUGAGAAUGCACACAGCACACUUGUUCUUUCAGUUUGUGUUAUCCAAGAGGCUUUCUAUCUGAUGACACUAAUCGCUGUGGAAGCAGAUUGUUACAUUCCACCAUGCAAUCCUUUUUUUGAUCCUCUGAUUCCAGAGUAAGAGCUUUUACACAAAGCUUUCCUGAUUAGUGGAAAAACUGGGGGGGGGGGGGGGAAUAACUCCCAAGAACUCCAGCCUGACUAUUUCCCCCCCUCCCUCUGCCCCUUGCACUUUUUCUUUCCGAUUUAAUCCAAAGUGAAAGCAUCCCUCAGCCUUGGGAUAGACAAAUCCUACGAAGACCUUUUAGUCUCUAUGCUUGGUUCCUGCUAGUGAGCAUAGUGAAGAUCAUGCAGCAUUUUCCAUGCUGUAUCUUUCAUCAGCUUUGCCAAGAUCUCCUCAACCUGCCUGGCGAGGUGACCGCUGGGCUCUUUGUCUGUGCCCCUCUCUCCAUCCCGUGCUGGAUGGGUUUGGGGGGUCAGAGGCAGGUACCUUCCCACAGCCUGAGUCAGGCAUUGGCAAGGCUGCUUGUUCCCCCCACACUGCACCUCUGUGGGUUCAUCCCUGCUGGGCCUCCCCGACGCGUUCUGAUGGGUUCAUCGUGCUCUUUCCUUUGGCAACACACACUUUGUAGAAUGGGUUAGAUUAUCUCGUUGUUUCUUUAAAUGUGAGUUUGUGCCUUUUUUGUCUCCUAAAUCUUCCAAUACAGGCAUAUUGGAAACGAAAUCUAAUAAAAUACUAGACCGAG